AUGAGAGCUCCAUCACUGCUCGCCGUUCUCAUCCUCCUCGUCCUCUGCUCGCUUCAACCCGACGCCGCUGCUGCCAGUCGCGUCCACCACCACCGGUUCGGCCGGGAGAAGCUCACCACCCUCCAUUUCUACCUGCACGACACCCUGAGCGGCAAGGACCCGACGGCCGUCCUCGUCGCUCACGGAGCCAACGCCACGUCGAGGCCCGGCGACCCGACGCCCUUCGGCUCCGUGUACGCCACCGACGACGUGCUCACGGAGGGGCCCGAGAGGGCGUCCAGGGUGGUCGGGAGCGCGCAGGGCCUGUACGUGUCCUCGGGGAAGGACGGGCGGCUGUCGCUCGUCAUGGGCAUGGACUUCGAGUUCUCGGACUACAACGGCAGCUCCUUCGUCGUCUUCUCGCGGAACCCGGUCACCAACGACCACAGGGAGCUCGCCGUCGUCGGCGGCCGCGGCAAGUUCCGCAUGGCGCGCGGCUUCGCGGUGCUCCGGACGCACUACCUCGACACCGGCAACGGGGACGCCAUCAUAGAGUACAACGUCACUCUCCUGCACUACUGA